AUGAAGAGAGCUACCGUCGACGAAAGACUGUUGAAGGCUCUCUGUACCUACCGCUGGGGCGGAAUUGCGCCCAACGCUGUGACCGAUGACCAAAUUACGUCGGAAAUUCAGGCGAUUGUCGAACGUGUUAUAAACGACACACUUCCCGACAUAGAUAUGCUUUUUGGUAAGAAGCUGCGUCUUAACAUGUCUGAAACAGACGUGAACGAGCGCGUGCUGCAGUACUUCAUGCUUUGCAACGAACUGAUCGAAGAACACGGUCUAGUGACCUGUUUUGAAGGUCAGCACGGUCAAAAAGAGAAGUGUAAACUGCUUAUUGAGUCACUGACGCCCAGUGAGCUCAAAGCAGAUUUAAAACUCCAUGACCUGAUCUUGGAAAAGGCGUUGGAGCAGGAUCGCGACUUUCGCCCAUGGCCACGGAUGUCUUAA